AUGGCCCCAAGGAGCCAUUCAAGGAUCGCACGGAGGGCAACUGAAAAGUCGCACUUGCUGAACGCGAGAAGUAAAAACCCCUGCUUAAGCGAAGUGCCAAGUGAGCCAGAAGCACAAACAUUGUUCUGCUGCAAAGCUCCAUUGAAGAUAGGCGAAAUGUCGAAAAGGGGAAAGAAAAGGGACGACGAGGAGGCACUUUCCGAAGGCGACGAGCCUCCAAAGAAGUCAGCUAAGCCCUCAGCCUCUGCGGUCGAUAACGAUUCUGAUGAAUCUGACAAUAUAGUCGUCUGCGAGCUUUCCAAGAAUCGAAAAGUGUCGGUGAGAAAUUGGAAUGGGAAGGUUGUGGUGGAUAUUAGAGAGUUCUAUUAUAAAGACGGCAAAGAAAUGCCUGGGAAAAAAGGUAUUUCCCUAACCAUGGAUCAGUGGAAGAUACUUAGAGAUCACGUGGACGAAAUUGACCAGGAGGUUGCUGAGAAUUAA